UUUGAUUUAUGGAAUUGAAGUUAGACGUCUGAAUUAAAGGUAUAUUUCACAUUAGUUUUAAUUUACAAAAAUAAGCAUUAAAUAUUACAUUAAAUAUCAUAACACUUUUUUAAAAUAAAAGAAAGAGAGUUGAGGUAGAAAUAGAAAUUUCGAAAUAAAAAGAAAAUGAGAAAAAGUAAAGAGUUAGAACCCCACGUGUUUUCUGAAUUCCGCCCGUGCCUCAAUUCGGUCGCUUCCCUUCGUCAACCUCCUCUCCAUCUCCCCCAACUCUAAUCACUCUCUCUCUUAAAUCGCACCGCAUACGUUGCUGAAUUUCCAUCAACACGUGAUUUCUCCCUCCUUUCUCUAUCUUCAAUGGCGGUAUUCAGCCGCCUUAUGUGCAGAGCCGCCUCAGCUCGAAGUUUCUGCACGAAAUCUACGACGGCUGACCGACACCUACUCUCUUCGUCCCUGCCCCUCAAUAAUUCCACGGGCAAGGGCAGAAACGUUCAGUGGGUCUUCCUUGGCUGCCCGGGCGUCGGCAAGGGCACCUACGCUGCCCGCCUCUCCAAGCUCCUCGGCGUGCCCCACAUCGCCACCGGCGAUCUCGUCCGCCACGAGCUCUCUUCCUCUGGCCCCCUCUCCUCUCAGCUUGCAGAGAUUGUUAACCAGGGUAAGUUAAUCUCAGAUGAGAUUGUCAUUGACCUCCUGUCUAAGCGUCUCGAGCAAGCUCAAGCUAAGGGUGAAACGGGAUUUAUUCUUGAUGGCUUUCCUCGGACUGUAAGACAGGCGGAAAUUCUGGAAGAAGUAACGGAUAUUGAUUUGGUAAUCAAUCUAAAACUCCGAGAAGAAGCAUUAAUUGCAAAAUGCCUCGGGAGAAGAACUUGCAGCGAGUGUGGAGGGAACUAUAAUGUUGCAUGCAUUGACAUCAAGGGAGAAGAUGGAAAUCCAAGAAUGUACAUGCCUCCCCUUCUUCCUCCUCCACACUGUGAAUCUAAACUGAUCACACGUUCCGAUGACAAUGAAGAAGUUGUCAAAGAACGCCUGCGAGUAUACAACGAACUGAGUCGACCGGUGGAGGAUUUUUAUCGCCUUCGUGGAAGACUGUUGGAGUUUGAUCUUCCAGGGGGAAUUCCAGAAUCCUGGACCAAGCUGCUACAUGCUCUAAAUCUUGAUGAUCAUGAAGAUAAAAGAACAGCUGCAGCCUGAAACUCGCAAUGGCCAUCCCAGUUUCUCUACCGUAAGUAAAGUCAUUCUUCGCAUGUGGUUUUCGCGUGCAUAUUUAGUACCAGUCAAAACUUAUCUAUAUACAUUGUAGUAGUCACAGAAGUAGGCUCUUUAAGUGUAGUUUAUUCUUUCAAGAACAUUUUGGAGGAGGACAUCCGACUCCGACGUCUCGUGUUACCGAGUUUUAAGGUUGGUCUCAUAAGUCUACAGUGUAAGUGGCUUAGCUACUCUAUUAAUGUGUUAAUAACAUUAUUAUUAUUAUUCACAGUUUUGUACUAUUAGUUUUA